AUGUCUCGUGCUCAAAUUGGGAAUGUUUUAUCCAAUUUCGCUACUACAAUACUGGAGGUCUCUAGUCCUACGCCUACCCAGAAUAAGCAAUACUGCAAGGAUGACAAGGCCCUCAACAAACUGUUACUUGGACUAAAGAAUAACCCCGAUUUGGAUAUUCUACCGCAUGAUCAAGCACAUAGUGCAAUUUUCCAGGCUUUGAGAGUUCGUAUUGGCAAGAUUAAUAAUGAAACCUGUGAUCCUGGUGAAGAAAACUCCUUUUUCGUUUGUGAUUUAGGUGAAAUCAAGAGAUUAUACGCCAACUGGAUGAAAGAACUUCCAAGAAUCAAGCCAUUUUAUGCGGUCAAAUGUAAUCCCAAUGACAAGAUUCUUUCUUUAUUAGCGGAGUUAGGCGUUAAUUUUGACUGUGCCUCCAAAGUAGAAAUUGAUAGAGUAUUAUCAAUGAACAUUUCUCCAGAUAGAAUCGUCUACGCCAACCCUUGCAAAGUAGCGUCCUUCAUUAGAUAUGCAGCCUCAAGGAAUGUGAUGAAGUCCACUUUUGACAACGUGGAGGAAUUGUAUAAAAUCAAAAAAUUCCAUCCUAAGUCUCAACUGUUAUUAAGAAUUGCUACCGAUGACUCCACAGCUCAAUGCCGGCUUUCUACUAAGUAUGGUUGUGCAAUGGAUAAAGUGGACUCUUUGUUGAAGUGUGCCAAAGAAUUGGGUCUGAACUUAGCGGGUGUUUCAUUCCACGUGGGCUCAGGUGCUUCCGAUUUUGCAAGUUUAUACAAAGCCGUUAGAGACGCAAGAACGGUAUUUGAGAAGGCUACUAACGAAUACAACCUGCCACCUUUGAAGAUUUUAGAUAUAGGCGGCGGGUUCCAAUUUGAAUCAUUUAAGGAAUCAACUGCUGUCCUGCGGUCAGCCCUGAACGAGUUUUUCCCUAUAGGGUGUGAUGUUGACAUAAUUGCAGAACCCGGCAGAUAUUUCGUUGCUACAGCCUUCACGUUAGCAUCUCAUGUAAUUGCCAAGAGAAAAUUAUCGGAAAACGAAGCGAUGAUUUACACCAACGAUGGAGUUUACGGAAACAUGAACUGUAUUCUAUUCGAUCAUCAAAAACCCCAUCCAAGGACCUUGUAUCACGGCUUGGAGUUCCAUUAUAACGAUUUUGAAUCCACUACAGCGGCCCUCGACGCUGUUAAGAAGAGCAGAGCAGAAUACCCCUACGAGGUUUCUAUAUGGGGGCCUACAUGUGACGGAUUGGACUGUAUUGCGAAAGAGUACUACAUGAAACAUGACGUUGUCGUAGGUGAUUGGUUUUAUUUCCCCUGCCUGGGCGCCUAUACCUCUUCCGCUGCUACUCAAUUUAAUGGGUUUGAACAGACCGCGGAUAUUGUUUACAUUGACUCUGAGUGCGACUAG